CUUGCUUGAAUGCGACAAUUCAACUUGCUAAAAAUGAAAUUUGACAAGUUUUUAUAUUUAUAUGAUAUUUAUAUGAACAUUGAAAUCGGAGAACCUUGAACUUUUCCCACAAAUGCAGAAUAUGCAAUCAAGCAAGUAAUCAUGCUUAGUUCCAUGUUUACUUGUAGAUCUUGCACCAAGAGAGCUUUUACUUCACUCUUUAAUCACACUCCUCGCCAUGACAGUGCCAGGACCUUUGCGAUAACUCGACCGAUCCUAACUUCUACCCAAUCCCAUCACCCUAGGAGGUAUGCGACAGCAACCGCCGCUUCUGAAUGGACUACCCAACAAGAUGCACCCCCUGACGGUACAAUGCGGAGUCGGAGGUUAUCCCCUCUGGAAUGGGCCGCUCAGAAACAUUUGCAAUAUCUAAAAGAUCCAUUACAUAUUGCAGACUUUGUCAAGAAGACUUUGGGGAAGGGGAACUUCGAGGAGGCUGCCUUAGUUACAAGGAAAGCCAGCAAAAACACAGAUGUAGUUGUUAGCUGGAAUCACCUAAUCGACUAUCAGUUUCAACAAGACAGGCUGCAUGCCGCUUUAAAACUAUUCAACGAAAUGAAGAAGCGAGCUCAGUACCCCAAUGCUCAGACCUACACUAUAAUCUUCAGAGGCUGCGCUAUUUCCUCUCACCCGAAACUGGCCGUGUCAGAAGCGACCAGAAUUUACUAUUCCAUGUUAAACAGUGACCGUUUGAAGCCGAAUACUAUCCAUAUGAACGCCGUUCUACAAGUCUGUGCCAAAACCGAAGACCUCGACACCUUAUUCAGUGUCGCCCAGAGCGCCAACAAUGGCCUUAGAGCGCCAAACACGUUAACUUAUACCACCAUCAUCAACGCUCUUCGUUACACCGCUGACAAGCGGCAACACGGGAUCGUCUCGGAACUCGAUAUCGCCGAGCUUGAGAAAGCGAAAGCAAAGGCAAUUCAGCAAGCAAAAGCUAUAUGGGAGGAAGUCAUGUCCAAGUGGAAGGAUGGUUCCAUCAUCAUGGAUGAAGAAUUAGUCUGCGCCAUGGGGAGGAUCUUGUUAAUAGGCGACUACUACGAUGCUAACGCUGUGGAGGCAUUAAUAAGUCAAACGAUGGCAAGGCGGCCACCUAAAAGGUUUCCACCAGAGCCCGAAAACUCUGGUGAGAGAUAUAGCAAGACGGAAAACUACAACGAAAUCACUCCGGACAGACAUCCAACAUCUGACAAUCCUAAGCCCCAGGCUUCAGGAGCACCUGCUAUCAGCUACGCGACUCCGGGCAUGAACUCUCUCUCCUUAGUCCUCUCUGCUUUGGAAAAGACUGGUAAGACGACCAAGGUGGAGCAGUACUGGAACAGUUUCACCGGACACCACGGCGUUAUCCCCGACGCCAACAACUGGAAUCAACUAUUCGCAACCUUGCGUCGUGGGAAAAACAGUGGCAAAACGGCCUAUUAUUUACAGGCUAUGCCCACCAACCUCAUGACACCCAAGACCUUUCGGAUAGCCAUGAGCACUUGUCUCCGGGACAAUCUAAACCCCCUUGCCUUUAAACAUGCUACCGACGUGUUAUGUACAAUGACGGCUAGACUCAACAUCCCCGACCUCCUGGUGAUGCGCACCUAUCUACGCGUAGCGUACGCCAACAAGCGGCACCUCAUGCAAGCGUCGAAGGACAACUACGAAGCCGCGAUGCUGUCGUGGGGGGAGCAGCUCGCCGCAGCUCUCGACCACCUCUGGAAACCCUACAUGAUAGCGACGAGGGAGUACGGGGAUGACACGCCCGAGUCGAACGACAAAAGCGAGCUCGUCGCUCUAGCGCGGAAGAUGAUUGCAGUCUCGGACAGGAUAAUAUCGGGCAAGAUGAUACCCCCCGAAGCCGGGGAGCAGAUCAAGCUCAGACGCAACGGUCUAAACAGGGUCGUUGUCCAACACUUUGAGCAGAUGGUGGCGAUUAACCCCAACUUCCAGCUAGAGAAAGAUCCCGAUGACGACGAAGACGAGAACGAUUUUGACGGAUUAGGCGCAGAGUUCCGACCAAAGAAGAUCAUAAAGGACAGACGCCCACGAGCUAAUGGCCGAUAGGUAGCUAACCUAGAUGUUUUCAACCGUAUUUACGGUGUGCAAUGUAUGAUAAUUCAAAUAUUGCACUGUAUAUAUAAGAAGUUGAAUCAUGUAGUUGAAUCAUGUGCUUGAUGGUGUGCCUAUGUAGGUUAGUACUAUCGUGUGAAAGUCGCUCA